AGUUUGGGGGCCGGAACUAGCAUCUGACGCUUUAAUAGUUAUACAAGAGCCUGCCUAACUUUCAAUUUUGCGUGGUCUAUUGAGGAUCAUCAUCUUCAUAAGACCCCCAUUCACUGUGAGGUACUUUAUAUGACUAUGGCUUGGUAUGCCCAUACCCGCGUCUUGUCUUUUCAAUUAGGGGAACAGGGGGUCGUCAGCUACAUCUUCAUAUGUAGCUGAGCGUUGUGCCAAGAAAUAAGCGCAACCUGCUAUCACCUCACCCGUCUGAUUCGCUGAGCAGAUCGGGGUAGCUUGGGUGAGAAAUGCAGGUCGCUCACACACGUUGCAUAUCCAAUUUUCCAAUGAUUGAUUGAACAGAGUUUGAUGUCUUCACCUAUGUCAUUGGCUUCCUCAGGACUGCAAAACAAUGAACCCAGUUUAAGGCUAUGCCUUUCUGCAUGACACCUACUGUCAACUAUGUUCAGCGCAGAGAAUAUGGUCCUCUUGGGGGCGACACCUAAUUCCAAGGAAGGCAAGUCUUCCGCGAGGAGCGAACAGGUUGAGGGGACCUCAGAACAAGUGCAAUCCCUAGAUCAAUCUUCAAUUACGCCAAUGUCGUCGGAAAUUGGUGAAACUAUUAGCGAUCGCGAAGAAUCGCUAUAUAGCUCAGAAAAACAAGACAACAGCUCUUUACAAAACCUCCAAUCUAUCCCUGGCAUUGCAAAAAUGGGAUGGGAUGAUUUCAACGAUCGUGUAAUUAUCAGCCCAGAGAAUUUUCUCGGGACAUGGAACCACCGCCCAGAAGUCAACGACAAGCCGACGGCUAUUAUCGAUGUUCUCGUUGAAGAGCCAGGACCAUAUUAUAGUCACGUCCAAUACAGAGGCAGCCCAGAGAGUCGACUCAAUCUUCCCAGCCUCCUCGACGUUCCAUCAAACAAUUUCAACGCCGUGCCAUAUCAGAUUCGAAUUCGAUCAAGCCUUCUACUUAAAACUCUGGAUCAUAUAACAGAUUGCAAAGUAGCUGUCGGACCUCACGGACACCGUCUACUGCUCCUUCGGCCAUUCAAACUGCUAGUGCAUUUCGAGCAAGAUAUCAGGAGUUAUGUUAAGGAAAUGGAGCGGAUGACAACAGAAAUGAGCUCUAAUGACGAAAAGGGUGUACACCAGGAGCGAGCUGCCAACAAUCAAAACCGAGGCUUCAUAUCUAGUCAACGAAGUGCAUCGCACCUUAGGUUUCCAACGAAAGAAACCCAGUCAACAACGGCUAUGGAGCAUCUCAAGUUACUUUGCACCUUAAUGGAUGAGUGUCUCAGCCGACCAAUGCAGUUGCAGCGGGGUAUUAGCCCUGAUAUUACUAAAGUUACCUUCAACGAUUUGUGGUAUAUAUUCAAGCCAGGAUACGAAGUUCGAACUCCUGGGGACUCACACGCACAACUAUAUCGAGUUGUCAAAGUUACUGGAGGGCGUAAAGUGCAGCGGGUAUACCAAUCAGAUAAUCAUGCUAUGUCACGGAACCAAGGAAGCCUAAUUUCCGAUAUAUAGCACGGACCAAGGAAUAUUAUAUAUAACGCUAGGAAAGGGAAUAGGGGGCAAAAACUAGA